AUGGCAAGCUUGGAGACGAUAAAUAUCUCAUCAUGUGUUCUUCUGCAGCAAAAUACGAAACUACGAGUUCUGAAGAAGUCACUCCGAAGAAUCGCAAGAGAUGACAAUAUUCUCAUAAUUGCUACGCUCGAUGCAGCCUCCCGAUCCCUUUUCGAUCUCUUCAUCGAGAGCUUCCGAGUCGGCGAGCGAACAGACGUGCUGAUAAGACAUUUGCUGGUCUUAGCAACAGAUCAAAAGGCUUUGGAGCACUGCAGGUCUUCCCACAUGCACUGUCAUCUUCUCGGCGCAGAAGGCAACAGCCGCUCGGCAGCUGACGAUGGUCAUGUGAUGAUGAGGCAGCUCGAGUUCCAGCAAACGCUCGUAGAACUCGGAUACAGUUUCAUAUACACGGAUUUGGAUGUGAUGUGGUUUCGGAUUCCGUGGCAUCACCUCGAGUCGGGUACCUACUUAGGUUUUGCUACUGAUCUCUUCGAAGGAGAUGCAAAAAGCCUGCAAAACGUGCCCAACGGAGGCCUCAUGUACGUGAAGGCUUGCAGCAACAACGUUGAGUUGUACAAGUACUGGAAGCUGCUGUGCAAGCAGUAUCCUACCGCAGACCGGCAAUCCAUUCUAUCCAAGGGAUUGACCGAUGGUGUCGUUCCAUUCAACUUGAGAUUCCAGUUUCUCGACACCGCAAACUUCGGAGGGUUUUGCCAGCCCAGGGGAGAGCCGAGCAAGGUCUGCACGGUGCAGGCCAACUGUUGUGGGAGCGCAGAGGAGAAGGUGCGUGGCCUGAGGAGUCUGAUACAGGAUUGGAAGAAGUACAGGUCGAUUUCCAUGGAAGAGAAGGAAGGGGGAGGAGGGUUUUCUUGGAGCAACACAAGUAGAUGCGAACAGUGA